AUGGCCAUGGCCGCGCGGCCGCAGACGCCUGUGCAGGAUGCAUCAUACCUGAGGGCACAAUCCAAUGACCCCAACAUGCCGAGUCGCUCAUAUGGCUCCCUCCGGGCGUCCACCCGGCCCAACUCUUAUGCCGGCAACAGCUCCGCCUUUCACUACAGUCACGGCGCUCGCGAUCAGUCCCCGGCGCCUCACAACCCCCGUUUUAAGGAGGACUUCGAGACCGCUAGUCACCGCAGCUCCAUCGAUGUCCCUAGCAUCCAGCGAUCCGCCUCGCAGAUGUCCGGAGUCCCCUCUCGCUCGAGUACUCUGCGAAAGAAAGCAUCCCUAAGCAAGAAGGGCAGUUUGCGACGCAAUGGGAGCCGCCGGUCCAUGCGCGCCGGUAGUGUGAGGAGUUUAAGCUUGGGCGACCGUGAGAAAUACAAUACCGAUGGCACCGAAGAUAUGAACAGUGUCUUCGCUGUCCCCGUCCCAACGACUGGCAACCCGACCGAGGUCCCUGCAACUCGGUUCCAAGCUUGGCGCAAAAUCCUGAAGGACCUGAUCCUCUUCUUCAAGGAGGUCCAAAAAUCCUACGAGACCCGAUCAAAGCUUUUCUUAUCCGCCUCCAAUGUUAUGAACGGCCAGCCUACCCCGCCGGGCUUCCUCCAGUCUGGUGGCCUCGCCGAUGCGAUUGAGAUUCUCCAAAGCUUCCACCGGCAGGGAUAUCACGAAGCCAACAAGGCCGUCGAGGUGGAAAUUGAGGUCAUCAGUCAAUUGACCGGUUUAAGAAGUGACCUGCAGAAGAAGACGAAGGAAAUCAAGAACCUUUCGGGAGAUUUCAAGAAUACGGUUGAGAAGGAAAUCGAAGGCACGCGCAAGGCCGUGCGCCAUCUGCACGAGUCCUUGGGUCUCGUUGAUAGUGAUCCCUCCGCAACAUCAGGCAAAGGUGACCCAUUCUUGAUGCGUCUCAACGUCGAGAAGCAGGUGGAGAAGCAGAUCGAAGAGGAGAAUUAUCUGCACCGGGCAUUCUUGAACUUGGAAAAUUCCGGUCGCGAGCUUGAAUCGAUUGUCGUGAGCGAGAUUCAGAAGGCUUACAACGCCUACGCCAGCAUUCUUAAGCGCGAAGCCGAUGAGGCCUACGAUACGGUGGAGAAGCUUCGAGCGGGGCCGAUUUCGAUGCCACAGGACCAUGAGUGGAACACAUUUGUCGCCAACACCGAUGAGCUGGUCGACCCCCGAGUGCCACUGCGCAACGUCGAGAGUAUCACUUACGAUGGGAAGGAUCAUCCGGCGGCGGCCGAAGUUCGCGCUGGUAUGCUUGAACGUAAGAGCAAGUAUCUGAAGAGCUACACUCCCGGCUGGUAUGUCUUGUCGCCAACUCACCUGCACGAGUACAAGUCGGCCGAUCGCGUGGCAUGGCAGACUCCUAUCAUGUCAUUGUACCUGCCAGAGCAGAAGCUUGGAUCGCACUCGCAGGAAGAUUCCAGCUCCCACAAGUUUAUGCUCAAGGGCCGUCAGACCGGUGCGAUGCAUCGAGGCCACUCGUGGGUCUUCCGUGCCGAAUCCCACGAGACCAUGAUGUCCUGGUACGAGGAUAUCGAAAGCCUGAGCAAUAAAACGGGAGAGGCGCGAAACGCUUUUGUGCGACGACACGUGCGUAGCAUUAGCGGCAGAUCCAUGAACAGUGAAGUUAUGGAGGAUGACGAAGCCGACCGGACCCCGUACUCAGCCGAAUCCGUGGUUCUCGGUCAAGAUCGGCCCACCUCUGCCUCCCGGCAGCCCGGCGGGACUUUCCCAAGCGAUGUGCAAAUCGACCGGCAUCUCCAGGCGCCUGUGUCUCCAUCCAGUGAAGAUAGCUCCGCUGGGCGAGACGUGAUCGCAGCUGCGGGGUCAUAUCCCGAGGGAAGCACUCUUCCGGAUAACUCGCGCUUCCACGCCUAUGAUCAUGACGGUGUCUCCUCGCCAGUCGCCACUGACCGUCCUGCCGAUCGGCCCCAAAUUGCUCAACAUGACAGCUACUAUGGCGAUUGGAUCGGCCCGGGUGUUAUUGUUGCCAAGCAAAGACAGAAGCAGCAGAGCGACGGCUUGAAAGCCGACGACCGCGAGAUUCGCUCUGAUGGGGACCACAACUCAGUAGCUGCCAUGUCUGGUGUCGCUAUGGCGGAACGUCGCGACCAGUCUGCGCCUCCCAACGUGGCCCGUCGCGAAAGUACUUCCACGGCACCGACCAACACCAACAUCACGAAUUAUACCAACCACACUAACCAAACCUUGGCGACAUCCGUUGAUGACAGCAAGGAUUCGGGAGUGGCCGGGUUUGGGGGAGCAGGGCCCUCCAAUGGGCUCGACGGACUCGCGAAAGAUGCUGAAAGCCCCGAAGCCAGUACUAGACCCGUGUGGGACGUCCGGCCCAAGCCAGACAGACAAGACAGCGUUGUGGCUCUCGACAUGAAGAUUCCCGGUCGAUACCCGCCGACCAAUGUGGCAGCGUGA